UCUCCUCCGAGCAGAUGGAUUGGAGGCCGCUAACGUUGCCGCUGCGUGGUGCGUUCCUCACACUGAGCGGGAUUAUUCUAUUAAAUAAUGCGUCGGUUACAAUCUCAAAAGCAAUACUGGACGUGACAGUGAACAUAACUAAAUGUUAAGGAUGACUGGCACCACAAGAAGUAACUUCCGAGUUGGAUUGACUUUUAAAGGAUGCCCCGCCGUCUAAGCUUGGCCGUCUUCCUCGUCUGGGCCACGUUCAACCGACGCGCCUCCGGCCAACCCUGCCUGUGCUCAGCCCUGCGGCCUGCGGGUCUGCAGGUCAACUGCAGCUCUUUGAACCUGGCCGACCUCCCCCACCUGCCGGCGGACACCACGGAGCUCCAUGCGCGGGACAACCGGCUCACGUCGGUGGCCCCGGGCCUCUUCGACCGACUGGUUGCCCUGGAGAGGGUGUCGCUGUCUGGGAAUCCGUUCCACUGCGACUGCGGCAUCCAAUACCUGAGGAACUGGCUGCUGAGGAACAAGGCCGUGGUCUCCGCGGAGCCCACCUGCGCCAGCCCGGGCCCCGUGGCCCGCAGGGCCGUCGCCGACCUCGGCGACGAGCACUUCGCCCCCUGUGCGCCGGCGGCCGUGGCCGCGAGCUGCGCUCACGGGUCAUACGGCGCUGUGAUGGCAGGGAUGGUGUGCUGCCUCGUGGUUCUGUUCAUGUGGAGCUUGAGACUAGCCAAAAGAACUACGUUCACUCUGGAGAUACACGAGAGACACUCUGGGUUCGAGGCCGACUCCCUGCGCUCGCUGAAGCCCAGGCACAGGAGGAGGCUUCACAGGGAGCAGACGGAGGUCACCACGCAGGUCACCACGGAGGACCUGGAAGAGCAGCUUAUCCACAUGGAGUUACUGCCACAAGUGCUGGACACGUUGCACAAGAAGCACAAUAUAAAGAUAAAAGCAAACUAAGCGGUGGAAUUACAAUAACACUACAAGUGGAAAAGUACAUCAAGUAAUAAAGUUGGUCUGCUAAAGUCAUGUCUAAAGGCAAUUUAUGUUAAUCUGGGAAAUGUAAUUUAUUUAGGCAGAACAUACGGAUACAAUAACAUUAGACAUUUUUUGAGAGGCAUUUGUAGCUUCUAAUUUGACUCAUGGUUCUGUUCAUGCUGUAUUUGUCGGCCAAUCGAUCCGUCAGUCUUACAAGACUCUGACAAGUGGAUUGAGAUACUUUUUAAAAGAAAAGAGAACUAAACCACGCUGUCUGUUACACAUGCCCAAUGGAACCGUUUAGGUCAAGGUGUUGGUAAGAUAUCCAAACAGUAUCAUUUAACUGGACUAAAAACUCAAGAUAUUUUGUAAUGCUCACAAAGUUUAAUGGCUGUUUUAACAUUUAAUAUACAUCAAUCAUCAAAAACGCAUUUUGACAAGUAAAAAUGUCAUGAAGUGAAACUGAAGUGAGCUGUAACAUUAUGACCUCAAAUAGUCCCAAAUAAUAUUUUUUCAAGGUAAAAUGGAAGAAUUUAACUUUUUAUCAACUUCAAUAACUAAACAAAACUUCAAUUAAACUAAAAAUCAACUAAUAACGUAUUUCCCUCAUACAUUAGGGUUAUGUUUUAACUUUAAAUGAUGAAUGACUGAAUGAUCAAAUAUACCAUAUUAUGUGGAUAUUUUUACAAUUUGUAAAAUAUUGUUUUGAGAACCGGAAGUGAUCGCACGUGAAUUCGUCAGUCAUUUCCGCUUGGUUUUGCGUCCCACAGUUUCCUAGAAUUUGCUGGAAAAAACUGGAGCCUCUUUUAGCCUCUUACAAACAAAAUCUAACGCGUCAUUCCUUUUUCUCAUUUCCGAAGCAAAGCAGCUCGUACCGGCUGUUACAUGAAGAGCUGGUGACGUCACACGUAGGGUCGGCGCAUGCGCAGUGUAACCCGAGUUGUGUCGCUUGAGGGAGACUGUCACACUGCAGAGUUGUGCAGGGAUUGUGUCCUAAAUUAUGAAAUAACUCUUCUAGAAAUUUCCCACAAUGCCUUCAUAAUAUAUUUCAUAUUAUUGUAUUUUAUGUCAUAAAAAAACUUAAAACCUGUACUAUAAUAUAUACUAUUGAAAUUGCUUCCACACCGCUUUAGCAAUGAAACCAUAGCAAUGGUAUACACAACAGGGAUGUAAAGGCAGACUGGUCCCUGCGAUGAUGUACGCAGUCCCAAUCGCCCACCUGUUUUCAACCCCCUUUUUUUAAAAAUGUGUAAAAGCUUCAAAAAUGCAUCAUCGUGUGGGUAUUUAGUGGUCUCUUUUAUGUCAUAGAACAAUAUGAAACAAUUCACUUCUCCCUGUUUUAGGCAUACAACCUCCCAUAAAACAUUGAUUUAAGACUUUAAUUCAGUGGGGAACCAGAAGGGCCACAAUGCAUAAUUUCCAGGGUUUAGGAUUAUUUUCUGUAGCAUUCCAUUUCUCUGCCUCCCGGCUGCACCGUGCCAACAAAAAUACCACCAUAAAAGGGCCCUAUUGGAGGGAAUGCAUCUUCCAUCUGGCCUGGAUAUAGUUAUUCAUUCAAAAAUAAAAACACACAGUUUGCAGAAUAUGUUUAAACUAGGGCCGGGACUUUAGCGUGUUAAUUACGAUUAAUUAAUUACAAUGUGAAUUAAGAUUAAUUAAUUAAUUACACCAAAAAUAACACAUUAAACAUUUUUUACGCAUUUUUACACUUAUUUUUUGCACUGCGGAACGUUUCUCACUGGAUGAGUUUCGGAGGACCGAUUAUACUGGAGCACCAACUAGCGUUCAUGACUUCAGACAACAACAAACCACAGUGAACAUGAACGAAGAAGCUGACGAGACCGUGUCGGGUGGCCCCGUGAAUGGGAAAUCUUAUUAUAAUAAACACACGGAUGGAAGCGUCGAUAAGAGCGUGGUUGUGUGCAAGCUGUGCAACAAGGAAUUCACAUCGAGCCUCAAGUAUCACCUCAACGCAAAACAAUUAGCAGCUAGCGUGGGCGUUAGCCCGACUCCGAGUACAAGGACCCACACCCAACCCACACUGCACUGGUUUAAGGACCAGGGUAACUAAGUCCACGUCUGAAAAAAUAACCAAUGUUCUGAAUGUACUUGAAAGUAUUGGUCUACUUAAAAAAACAUAGUUUACAGAAGGUCUACUUACCUAUAGGCUACCUGAAUUUCUGAAAGUACUAUAUUUCUAAAUAUGCUAUUUCUACACUUGUCUGCUGGAAUUGGUCGAACAAAAAUAAAAAUCUAUGCGAAAAAAAUUACUUCUCACUGUUCUCAGGUCAAAUAUUUAUGCAAUUAA